UCAUUUAUCUGCAGGAAUGAUUGCCGCUAUCAGUCUCGAGCUCACCGCCUGGCUGAGGAGGUGAAAGUUUCUCCCCAGGAAGGUAGACCGCAAAAGACAAUAUUGUGCAUGAUUUGCGCUUCAAGUCACCCUUAAAAAGAGUGGGAAGAAGUAAGAAAAAUACACCUUUGCAACUAUAUUCUAAAUAAGAAAAGAAAAGGAAGUUUACCCGGCUUGUUAUCGUUGCUUUGCAAAAACUAAGUUAAACCCAAUUAAGAGAACGGCACCCUUCAGUUUCUUCAUUGGCAAAGGUACUGCGGGCGCCCGUGCAAGAGAUGCUUCUGGACGCUGGAGCGCAGUAUCCCGCGCUCGGAGUGACGACCUUCGGCUCCUCGAGACACCAUUCAGCUGGAGAUGUGACGGACCGCGACGUGGGGCUUGGGCUCAACCCCUUCGCUGAUGGCAUGGGUGCUUUUAAGAUAAAUCCUAGUGGGCACGACUUGGCGGCAGCGGGCCAAACAGCAUUUACUUCCCAGGCUUCGGGUUAUGCAGCUGCCGCCCUGGGCCACCACCACCACCACCACCCGCCCCAUGUAAGUUCAUAUUCCAGUGCUGCUUUCAAUUCUACACGGGACUUUCUCUUCCGACAGCGGGGCUUUGGUGAAACAGCGGGCGCACAACAUAGUCUGUUUGCUUCUGCUGCUGCUGGCACCUUUGCUGGAGCUCAUGGACAUGGCGAGGCAGCGGGACACUUACUAUUUCCUGGUCUUCACGAACAGGCGGGCAGUCACCCUGCUUCUAAUGUCAUGAACGGGCAAAUGCGCUUAGGCUUCUCGGGAGACAUGUAUGGACGAGCAGAUCAGUAUGGACAGGUGACUAGCCCACGUUCUGACCACUAUGCCACAAGCCAGCUACACGGUUACGGCCCCAUGAACAUGAACAUGGCCGCCCACCAUGGUCCAGGGGCCUUCUUUCGGUAUAUGAGACAGCCCAUUAAACAGGAGCUCAUCUGCAAGUGGAUUGAGCCCGAGCAAUUGUCUAAUCCGAAAAAGUCUUGCAACAAAACUUUCAGUACCAUGCAUGAGUUGGUAACUCAUGUCACAGUGGAACACGUUGGGGGGCCAGAACAGUCUAACCACAUCUGUUUCUGGGAAGAGUGUCCAAGAGACGGGAAACCUUUCAAAGCCAAAUACAAACUUGUUAAUCACAUUAGAGUUCACACUGGAGAAAAACCUUUUCCUUGUCCGUUUCCUGGCUGUGGUAAAGUGUUUGCUCGAUCAGAAAAUCUCAAGAUCCACAAAAGAACUCAUACAGGUGAAAAACCAUUUAAGUGUGAAUUCGAAGGUUGUGACAGGCGUUUUGCAAAUAGCAGCGACCGCAAAAAGCACAUGCAUGUACAUACUUCAGACAAACCUUAUCUCUGCAAAAUGUGUGAUAAGUCUUACACCCACCCCAGCUCCCUCAGAAAACACAUGAAGGUCCACGAGUCAUCGCAAGGGUCCCAGCCUUCCCCUGCAGCCAGCUCAGGUUAUGAGUCUUCUACGCCCCCAACAAUUGUAUCUCCUUCAACAGAACAUCAGACCACAAGCUCUUUAUCCCCGUCCUCUUCAGCAGUCCAUCACAAUUCCAGUCAUAGCACACUUUCAUCAAAUUUUAAUGAAUGGUACGUUUAAAAUAUAUUUAAAAGACAGCACAAAAAGGACAUCAGUUCAAAGUCUAAAAGCUGCCAAUAGCUUGGGUUCGAAGUUAAGAAAGGAAGAGCCAUUCUCAACCUGGGUAGCAAAGGGAUAUAAAAAUACACGGAGGACCAGGUUGCAAGGCCAAAUGUGAACUAUGUAAUGCUGAAUGGAAACCAUUGUUUGAGGUCUUGGAUUGCAUGUCGAUUCUGGCAGCGGCCUGUUUUGUAAAUACCAAAUUACUGGCUUGAAAUGUACUGUUUGAUUUUUGUACAUAAGUCUAUUACAACUGACGAGAUGUUAAGAGAUGGUGUUUUACAGAGUGUUUGGUGAAGGGGCGGGGAGGGGGGAACUAAACAUUUGUACUGAAUGAUAAAAAGAUUCUAGUUACAUGUGUACCAAAAUGUGAAAUGCUUUGUAUUAUUACAGUCUAAACGUCAAUCUAACAUAUUAUUAUUAUUGAUAUUAAUGUGCUUCUUUUGUAUAAAGUGCGAACACUUUGUCCCAAAGUCCAGUCUGAGUAGUGCAGUACACUGUUGUUAUUAAACGUUCAGUCAUUCAUUUGUAUAGUGCAAGCCUGGAACUGAGUGUCAUGCUGUUGAUUUUGUCUAUGUAAAGUAAUAUUAAAAAAAUAUGGACUCUUAUCAGUCCAUUGCAUUACAGAUUGCUGCAGCAACGUUAUGUACAGAAGUUCUAACUUCCAUAUUUAUCCGCAUGUAUAGGGCCGGUAAUACAUGUCUCAAAAUAUCCAGUAUUUAUGAAUAGAUUCAUUCGUAUGUAAAACCUAGUUUACAGAGGUGUUUGGUAACAUUUCGUACCUUAUUAAACAUUCUUAAAUUGUA